AUGACGGACAGCCUCGGAGUUGCUCAGUCCUUUGGGCGAGCUCGCACGACAGCGACUGUGGCGUCCGAUUUGCGAACUGACAACACGGAAACGAUCUGCCCGUCAUCCGAGUCGCACAGAUUUAUUGCGAAAAUCACCAAAAUCUACUCUGUCUGCCCAAAUGUUUUCGUGAUAAGCUGGCCUAAUCCCGUCAUCGCCUUGACAACUGAAGGAUUUGGUACUCCGAGGGUCGACUUGGUCUUCUAA